UUUUGAAAGUUGCAUAUGUUUUGCCGGCACCCGCUCCGCUGCUUUUCCGCUGACUGACUGCUCGUUGCAAAUUAGAUUAUUCCCGUGGAAAAUUGAAUUAUCAUCGUCGGAGGAAAACUGAAGUCACCUCACGUUGAGUCAGCUUUGAACCACCACCAAGAACAGUCGAAAAUCUGUUAAUUUUACCAUGACCACCUGGUUGCCACUGGAAUCGAACCCAGAUGUUCUCAACAAAUACCUGGAAAAGCUGGGCGUUUCGCCGCUGUGGAACAUCGUGGACAUUUACAGCAUGGACGAUGACGCGCUGGCCUUUGUCCCGAGCCCGCUGAAGUCGCUGAUUUUCCUGUUUCCCUGUUCCGAUGUGUACGAAGAGUUCCGCGCCAAGGAGGACGCCGAGCUGAAGGCCAAGAACAUCGAACAUCCGAAGGACCUGUUCUAUCUGAGGCAGUACGUGCACAAUGCUUGCGGCACCAUCGCCCUGGUCCACGCCGUUCUCAAUAAUCCGGACAUCGAACUGACCGAGGGUUCCGUCAUGAAGAAGUAUCUGGAUGGCGCCCGCGAUCUCAGCCCGGAAGAGCGUGGCAAGCUGCUGGAGAAUGACGCCGGGUUCACCGAGACGCACGAAUCGGUGGCCAACGAGGGUCAAACGGCCGCGCCGGACAUUAACGAGAAGGUGUACCACCACUUUGUGGCCUUUGUUCACCACGGCGGAAAGCUGUACGAGCUGGACGGGCGCAAGAACUUCCCCGUGGAGCACGGAGCAACCACGCCGGACAGUCUGCUCAAGGAUGCCAUCGGCGUUUGCAAACAAUACAUCGCACGCGACCCGACGGAAGUUCGCUUCACACUGAUGGGACUGACUCCCACCCAGUAAAA